AAGCAAAGGUGGUUCUUACCAGACUCAGGGCAUUAAUAGUUGGUCCACAAUGUCACGGUACGCGGCUGCAUUUACUGAGACGCGGUGAUUGCUGUUGACGGGCAGCGGGAUGGGGGACGGCUCUAGGACCAUGAUGACGACAGCUCUCGGCAAGCCAACUCACUUUGCCUGCUUUCCCCAAUCUCAAGUCCCUCUGCGGAUUGUGUGGAAGUGGUUGAACAUCUUAAGUGGUGUCACUGCCCUGGACAUUCCUCGGACCUUAUUGAAAAGAAGUGAUGUCUUUUUAUAAGGACAAGAAAGGCAUCUAAUGCAUUUCUGUCCUGCAUACUCACACACGUUGUGUCUGGUGCACUUCAUUCAAUCAUUAUCUUGCAAUGGCAGUGCAAGAUUCUGGCAGGACAAUGGGGUUUCCUUGCAAACAGUGUGGCAUGGUAUGUCAUGAUAUGCAUGAUCUGCUGGAGCACAUGGAUGCUCAUCUGCAGGAAGAGGAAGAACGCAAAUACAAAUGUGAUGAAUGUGGACGUGGUUAUAGGCAUGCUGGUAGCCUAGCUAACCACAAAAAGACUCAUGAAGUGGGUUCUUUUCAGUGUAACAUAUGUGGUAAAGAAAACUCUAAUGCUUUGGCCCUCAAGAGUCAUCUCCGGAGCCACACAUCACAAAAAAAAUACUCUUGUGCAGAAUGUGGAAAAUCUUUUCGUCUGGCAACACAGCUGGCUACACAUGAGAAGGUUCAUAUGUUCAGACGAGAGAAGAAGCAGUUGUAUACUAAAGCAGACAUAGAAUAUUCCACGCAUGAAGAUGAACUCGAAAUUGAAAAUGAUCACCCACAUCAUCUUCGUGAGCAAUCAGCUAGUGUUGAUGAUUUUACAGAAAAUAGUCCAUCAGAGGACAAGUCGGAGGUUACAUAUGACGAAACCUGUGAUGAUACAGAAAGUCGACCAUACAGAUGUGAUAUAUGUGACAAAUCAUACAUACACCAUCGAAGUCUGACUAAUCAUAAAAAGACUCACCAAGUGGGAAUGUUUGAGUGCACAGUGUGCUUCAAGCAGUUCAAUAACAUGGCUGCCCUCUACAGCCACCAGAGAACUCACAAGGCAAGAAGCGGGACAGACCUCAAUUCACCCAGUGAGUCGUAUGCAGACACACCAGUGGACCACUUUUCACCUCAAAGCCAGGAUGCUCCAGUAAAUUUUUGUCAUUUGUGUCAGGUACUUUUCCCUAAUGAUGAUGAGUUUGAGGAACACAUUCAAAUGCACAACUCUUCAUCUCUUUCAUUUGGGCUUCAAGAUACUUUGUCCGAGAACCACAAUGUAUCAUAUGACAACAGUAUUGCUUCACCUGAGUCUAAUUUUUAUGCAUCUCCCAUAAACAAUAUUUCUUCAGUGUCAUCUGUAGGUAAUCAUGGAGGCUUUGAGCCACCACAAGAGAAGAUUAGAAGUAAUGGCCAUGUGUACUCAGAAUGCUCCAGUAAUAAUACUCCACCUUAUAAUAGCACUCAGGGAGAACACGCAAACACUCUCAGUCCUACCCUGAUGCCUGCACAAAAUACUGGCAGUGCAACUGAAGCAGAAGAGACUUCAACUGUAGAUUCUGAUGAGCGUCCCUUCAAGUGUCAAAUCUGUGGCAAAAGCUACCGGCACUCUGGGAGCCUCAUCAACCACAAAAGGUCACAUCAGGUCGGGAUUUACCAAUGUUCCAUAUGCAGAAAGAGUUAUCCUCACCUCGCCGCCCUCAAAAGUCAUCUACGUCUCCACAAAGCUCAGCCAUCAUCGUUUCACCUCAACACUGAGGGAGACUGGCUCUCAUCAGAGCCUCUGACUCUGGACAACCAGCAGGGCUGCUUCUCCUCCCAAGAUGCUGAUGAGGAGGAUGACAACAAUGAUCACCCUGUGCUUGGUAUGGAUCAGGAGAAUGGAGUCGACCACAGCAAUGGAGAACUGUACCAUGAACAGUUUAAUCAGGACUUUUCCCAGGAUAUGACUGUGCAUCUACCUCACAAUGAACACAUGAUGCAAAGGCACAUGUGUGCAGACUGUGGCGAGACAUUUGCAGAUAUUGCAGGGAUUAAGUCUCACAGCUGCCCACUGCUACAGCAGCAACAUAACACCACUUGUAGUGACUAUGACAGUAGUUCAAACCUCCAAGCUAGUAAUGGUCUCGGUGCCAUUGUGAAUCCAGGAAGCGAUGUAGAUUUUCAUGUUGUGAAUGGUAACCACGACCAAAAUUACUUUGAGCAGAAUUUCCAUGAAAAUACGAGCAGUGAUCAGCUAAAUGGGGACAGAGAUGACGAUGACACUGAUGAGGAAGAUGAUGAUGGAGAUCUGUAUCAGUGCUCUAUAUGUGGCAACAGCUACACCAGCAUGAGGGCUCUCAGGAGUCAUCUCCGAGGACACACACAGUCAAAUGGUACUCCUGCAAGCUCAGGGCCUUCUUCAAUGUCCUCUCACGAAGAAGUGAAAGAUGAAGACCAAGGUGAGAUGAUGAUCUGUAGUACAUGUGGGGAAAGCUUUGCUAACAGGCAGGACUUGGUUAAUCAUCAGCUUCUACACAAGGACCAGGUGGACAAUGUGAACCAUGUACAUAUGAACAGUGAUGUUUCUGAAAGCAAGGAGGAAACAGAGAGUGUCAUCUGUGGCAGGUGUGGCAUCUUCUGUACCAGUUACCACCAUCUUACAAACCAUGACUGCACUGCAGCUGAGAGGAAAGACGAGUUAAAACACACUAAAGAGGAAGUGAAAGUAAACGACAUUGCCCAGCAUGAAGAUACGAAUCUCAUCAGAGAAACUGUUGAUACUGGGGGUCGUCAGUACAAAUGUGAUCAGUGUGGGCGGUCAUACAGACACGCUGGCUCCCUCCUUAACCAUAAAAAGUCCCAUAAAACAGGUGUAUUCAGAUGUCUUGUCUGCCAGAAACGCUUCUACAACCUGUUGGCCCUGAAAAACCAUCAGAGGUCCCACUUCGAUAUUAAGAGGCAUACUUGCCAUGAGUGUGGGAAAGCCUUCAAAAUUCAGAAGCAGCUUUUGAACCACCUGCGAAGGCACAAAGAGAACCAAGCCAAAAUCCAGGAACUUAACAGCCAGAUCCAGGCCCUCAUGCAGAUGAAUGGGACCAGGUCAGCUGAAGGAAUGCAGUCCUUAACUUCAAAUGCCAAUCAGGCUUUUACAUCUACUCGGCGCUGCAAGCGACUGGCUGAAGAGAAGGCAAUGCAAACAAACUUGGAGACUUCGGUUAAAUCAGAGGACACAGACGAGCAGCGGCCUUUUGCCUGUGACCAGUGUGGGCGAACUUAUCGCCACGCAGGAAGUUUGGUCAACCACAGAAACUCACAUAAAACAGGUGAAUAUUACUGCUCUGUUUGUAACAACACUUACUCUAAUCAGCUAGCAAUGAAGAACCACAUGCGCACGCACUUUGCAUUUAAAAAGCACUCUUGUCAAAACUGUGGAAAAGGUUUUAGAGGAAAGAAGCAGCUAUUAGCUCAUGUCUGUGCAGACCUCAGAAAAGAUGGGGCCAGAGGCAGGAGAGGCCUAAAAUCUAGAGCCUUUAAGUGUAAGGAAUGUAAGCAGACCUUUCCCUCUGUUGACCAACUGGCAGCCCACACCUGUGAUGGACCUUCAGGUAGCGGAGAUGCACAAUCAAAUGCAUCUCCAAAUAAAGAGGAGCGGCCUUAUACAUGCAACAUAUGUAACCGCAGCUACCGCCAUGCAGGCUCACUGCUGAACCACAAAAAUACCCACAAGACUGGACACUUCAGUUGCAACUUCUGCUCUAAGCCCUUCACUAACCCCAUGGCUUUACGCAAUCACACGCGCAUACACACACAGAAGAAAAAGUAUGUGUGCCUCACAUGUGGGAAGGCCUUUCGCUUGGCCAGCAUCCUGCACAACCACCAGAGGGUCCACAGUCGGGUGGUGAGUCACUUCAGCUGUCCUGUGUGUGGAAAGAGUUUCCAGGGCAGGUCUGGCCUGAAGAGGCAUCGCUGCCACAGAGGUCAGGAGAACGCCACGCAAUCUGGAGUGCAGCAGUCAGAGAGGGGAGACAAGUGCUUCACGUGUGACCUGUGUGGCCGCUCCUACCGCCAUGCCGGCUCUCUCCUCAACCACAAAAAGACCCACUCCGACAACCUCCACCACUGUACGUUGUGUCUCCAGACAUUUCCUGAUCCUCUCACCCUGCAGAUACACUCCCAGAUGAGGCGUCACUGCUGCCCCGAGUGUGGCAAAACCUUCUGUCUGGUCGCACACCUGCAGAGCCACAUGGAGGUGCACUCCAAGGACCGGACUGCUGUGGUCUGCAGCAUCUGCCAGCAGAGCUUUCCCAGCACAGCCAGCUACCAGGAGCACCAUGACAUGCACCACGCGGCUCAGGGCCCCUAUCAGCAAAGCGAACCCAUACACAACAACCUCUGCUGGGACUCAGGAAUAGAUCAGUCCAUGGGGAUGGGUGGGUUGCACAGCCAAGUUCCUCCACCUCUGUCCCAUAUUCCAGAAAGCAUCCCUAAUUCACAGAAGAGUAGAGACAUUUUUGUCAGCGAGGAGAAGAGCCACGUCUGCGAGCACUGCGGCCGAACGUACCGCCACGCCGGCUCCCUCCUCAACCACAAGAACAGCCACAAAACAGGCUCUUUCUUCUGCUCCGUCUGCCAGAAAGAGUUCACCAACCUGAUGGCUCUCAAGAACCACCGACGCAUCCACACCGAGCCCAAGCGCUACCAGUGCCUGGAGUGUGGAAAGGCGUUCCGUGUGUCCACUCAGCUCAUCUGUCACCGAAGGAUACACACCAAAGAGAAGCCCUUCGCCUGCAUGCUGUGUGACAAGAGCUUUUCCAGCAAGUCCAACCUGAGGCACCAUCAGAAGAUGCACCAGAGCAACCAGACCUACAACUCUUCAUUUAGCAUGGAUGCUAAUGCAUUCAUGGACCUGGACAUGGGGUCUUUCCUUUGAAGUAGUGCUACAGAGCAUACAGGAGAAGAGGACAAGUGGUACUUUUAGUUAUUUCUCCCUCUAUCAAUAAUUGUAAAAUUGUAUUUUAUUUUCAGAAAGUGCUCCUUGCUCCUGACAGAAGCUCCUUUUGAAGAGAUGCACAUUUCAUUACUGACUUCCAGUCUUACCUCUGCAACAGAUGGUGACGUCACUGAAAAGUCUCCAGAGGGUUUAUCAGUCAGCUUUUAUGAAGGCCUGAAUGUUUUCCACGAAUGCACAGGAUCCCUAAGAAACAGUGCAGGUGAUGAAAACAUUAAUCUCCGUGCAUUCCUCAAUGACUAUCCAACCAACCAAAGUGAACAGAGAAGUGCAGCACAGGUCCACACAAGAACAAUAACGCUGAUAACACGUUUUUCAAAAAUAGUACUGUUCUAACUCCUGCUAUGUAUAAUUGUGUUCAGUGCCUCUGUAAGUUCCUUAGGAAACAAAACAUACAAACUAUAUGUAUCUCUGGUUCCUUUUGUUAACUUUGCCGUCAGUGUUGAAGGACUGCUCACCUUCUGUUGGGAUUUCAAAUAGGGCAAGCCUGUUAUUUUUCAAAUACCUCUGGAUGUGUUCGAAGGUCAGUGGCAAAGUUUCUAAAAUAAUAUUAUCAAGUAAAUAGUUGUACUGCUAAUAAUAUUCAAGUUCACGCCGAGUGACAUUGUAUGCUAAAAUGGAUGUAUUUAUUAAUUUAUUCCUGUUAAUUUUAUGUGCAUAUUUUACUAGAAGAACUUUCUAUGAAUGUUGUAUAAAAACGGUCUUCUAAAACUCAUGUAGCCUUUAAGGAACUCCUCAUCAGUUAUUUGUAACUCAUGAGCAUUCAGUUACAACGAUCUAGACGGAGCCAAGGAUGGCGUGUGUUACUGGCAGCGCUCAGGGUAAACCUUCAAAAGGGACUUACCUGAUGUGUUAAACAGUUGCUGAACCGAGCAUAGCAUUCUCGUUCCCAGUCGUGCCAUUUCAACACUUGCAUAAUUUCGCUCAUGUUACGGUUGUCAGAGUCACUCAACAUUUAGUUGCAGCUCCACUGGCUGUGCUUGCUGUAAUCCAUCUCCAACCUUGGAGGAGCAUCAGUUACAUUGAAGUGCCAGUGCCUAAUAUGUAAGUCGAUUGUAGCAGUUUAAUGUGAACAAACCUCCUCCUCUCACUGAACUUGUCAAACUGUAAACCAUUGAUUUAAUUUCAUUUUUUUUUCAAUUUAUCUCCAUAUCUGUGCAUCUCCUCGAUCACAAACAGCAAAGACAUCUUAAAGCAGUCGAUAAAAAUUUUGCAAUUGUGACAUGAAAGUGGUUCCUUUUUUGCUUUUUUCUCCUCAUGGAUUUUUAUUUAAUCUGAAAUGCUCUAUAUGAAUCACACAAGUAUAUACGUGGCAAAAAAAAAAGCCUCAUAUCUGCCAAGCACAAGUAUUAACCCAAACAUGAGAGUUUUAUUUACGAGGGCGAACCAGUUUCAUCUUCAUGUUCAUGAACCACUUAAUGCUCUGUGAAAAAUGUGCAAUUAUUGAUUCUUUGAGUUGUUUUUUUUUGUUUAAUGUGCCUGUUGUCCCUGCAGUGGUUUCUUUUCACUAAUCAGAAGCCAUGGCCUUUGUUUUUAGAACAAUCCACGACGAUUUUUUUUUCAUGCCUUUUGACAUUGUAUUUCAUGUAUCAAUAUGUUUGGCACUGGUCAGAAGUAUGAAAUACCUCGAAAGCCCUGCCUACCUAACAACUACUACUUAAUGCCUCAUGCAGCUUAAUUGUAGAGAAUACACUGUAAUCACACAAACUCAGUUAUAUUAUAAUACGCAUAGAAAGAUUGAAGCGUCGGUUUUAAGGUUUUUACUUUGUAAUUUGCAGAGGGCUCCGUAAUGCGGUUGUCUUUCUGCAGUUUGUUGUUUUUGAGAUUUAUAUUUGCACACAUGUAGAUGACACUUGUAGCCUAAGGAGGACAGAAAGUCUAUAAUAAUUCAGUCUGCUGUUGUUUGACAAGCAGCAAGUCGGUUGCUCGAUAAAUCACCUCAGCUAGAUUGCGGGUUGUAAUAUAUUAAGCAAUAUGCUCAAAAUGUCAUUUUAGUGCAUGAUUGGAUUUCCAUCUCACUUGUUUUGUCUUAUAUUAAGUACCACAGAUUCAGUAUGUGCCAUUUUGUUACAUUAUUUAAAAUCCUCUGUUUGAAUUCUGAUGAUUUAGUUGACCUCACUGGAACAUGUUUUAAUAUGCCAUGCUAACCUGUACAAAGGCACAUGCACAUUGGAGUUAAAACUGACGGUAAACUGACUUAUUUUUGUACAAUGUUCUUUUCUCCUUUGGCACUCGACACUCCCCCUGUCAUAACAGCCUGAUAUCGUGUUUAAUCUCAGAGUUCUGUAAAUAUUAGAAUGAAAGUGUUGGUUGAAUCUCUGUACAUUGGAUUGGCAGCAGGAGAAAACUGCUAGAUUAGCUAUUGUGUAAUAAAAAAGCAUCUUCCACA